AUGCCCUCACCACCUUUAUCACCUCUACCUAGACGAUGGCGAUCAUCACCUGAUCAACCUCAUCCUGAUUUCGCAGCACUCUUAUCAACUUUUGAAAACACCCAAAAUCAACCUUGUACUCCAACUUCACCUCAUUCGGAUCAAGGUAAUAAUAGUACCAGUAAUGGUAAUGGCUCACAACCUGAAUGGGCUACUCCAAGGGGAAUAUCAGAAUCCGAUAAAGAAAAUGAGAAUGAGAACAAUGAAGAAGAAGAUGAAAAUCAAGUCGAAAACCUAAUUCGUUCAAACAACGAUUACGGGUUGAACUCAAAUUCAUCUGCAACACCUGAAAUUAGAACUAUAUCACCUUCACCUCGGAGACCUGAUAGAACUAGUGAGACUGCUACAAGAUCUGAAAGUCCAUUGUUACCACCCAACCGAGGUACUUUCUUCAAUGAAGAUUUCACUAGAUCAGAUAAUAAUACUUUAGGUAUGGGCCUUGGACCUCGUGGUAUUUUCUCCAACGAAUAUCGAUCGCCUCCGUCUUUCACUACGAUUCCCCAAAUCCCACCUCAGACAACAGGUCAAUCAACGGCUACUAUCGAUGCGGCAUACGAUGGUGUUUUAUCUCAACUCGACGCUUUGGCCAAUCCUGUUCGCAACCUAGAUACUUCCGUAUCUUCGAGCCAUACCAAUCCUUACCUGCCUCAAACCACUUUCCACCCAAUGCCAAUUCGACAACCUCUCGUAGGAUUGGGAAUCAACGUGAACUCGUCUCUAUCUCAACCUCAUCCUACUUCCCCCGGUCUGGGUCUAGGCUUGGGUAAUCUCAACGUAUCUAGAUUAUCAACCGUAACUGAACGAACUGAAAAGAGUUCUUCUCCAACAAGCUCUCAAGGUCGUUCACCUACUUUUCCAGGUGCAUACAAAGAAGGUCCGACUUUUCCUUCAUCCUUACCCUCAAAUAUAGCAAACAAAUAUCCAUUACCUCCCAGUCCUACAAAGCUACCUACAAGUCCAGUAAAAGGUCCAAGAUCGACCUUUUCUUCCUCCGGAAACCGUGAAGAUAAAGACAGUGCAAAUAGUACACCUCAAAAUCAAAGUACACCAAAGAAAACUUCCGAUUUGAUCAAAAUGUUCGAAUCAAGGACAGACCUUCCACAACUUCCCUUGUCAUCUCAACCCAAAUUUGUUCCUACUCCUCCAACAAAAUCGAAUCCAUCCAAGUCCUCUGUCAGGAAAACCCCUCCGCCAAUCUCAGGCUUACCAAAUCCACCACCUACUUCAUCGUCUGAUACAGCAUUCAAUCGUACCAACACACUGCCACCUUCUUCCUUCCGUGCUCCUGUGCAAGCUAGCGCACCCACACCUCCACCAAAAUCGCCAUCUCCUCUAUCUAAAGUCAGAGGUAUGAUAGCUUCCUGGAGAGUAAGAUCAGGUUCACCUGUACAAAAUGUGCUUAGUUCACCAGGUAAAGAAGGUCCUGGAUUGUUUAGAGGUGGUGAUAAAGGUUGGAAUGUUUCUAUUAGGCGGAGGAAAAGACAUGAGACAGACUUGGCUGAACAAGCUGAUGAUCACCAAAGUCAAGAGAGGGACAAAAGACCGCCGUCACAUCACUCGGAAACAAGAGAAGAUCCGAUCAAAAGCGAAGGGGAUGAUGACCUGCAACCACCCAACAGAUCAGCAAGUAUAAAAAGUGAUAAAAAGACUUCUGAACCUAAACAACUCACCGGCGAUCCUAUACGCACGGGAGCGCUUUACUACCUCAAUGUGCAUGAUGAAGAUGCCAAACCCAAUUAUCAAUGGGUUCAAGCAGAUGGUCGGCUUUACCAGGAAGGGUUAGAAUUGACUUGGAUUAGUAACAAAGGUAGAGCUACAGUCACUUUAGAUUCAGAGUUUUGCGAUGAGGUCGCGUCUACUUAUAGCCCUAAUAACCCCAUGGCUGGAGACGACAUUGGUGCUGCCGCUGCCAGGAGACAAGGAGUAUUGGCAGACAAUCUUUAUCCUUUCAAGCUGGUCUACGAUGACGGUGUUGAGAGAUUAGCUUGUGAAAGUGCUCGAGAAAGAGUCCGCUGGGUAAACGCUAUUUGGACGGUUCUUGAACGAACCCGAGCUGCUCCAUCAGCUUCUUUGCGAGCCAAUCGAUCAUCUUCUGAUCAAGGCUCCGAAGGUGGAGGCUCUGCUUCUACACAUUUCACGCCUGUGGACUAUCCAACCUCUCCUUUACCGAGUGGAUUUGGGUCGUACCCAAUGUACACCACGGACGAUGCUGUCAUCGAGACUUCUGGUGGACUUCACGCCCCCAUUGUCCAAAGAGGAAGUCGCAGACUUGCUGUUGCUGGUCUUGAACGUGCAAGAAGUCUAAGAAGAGUAGCAAGUGAGGCCGACCUUAGGGAAGUGUCUGCUCCUCCACUCGAAAAGGAUGUUGCGUUGCCGAUGCGGACUACUGCUAUUCAAGAUAUCCCUUUGACUGCUCAAACAGCCGAGAGACCUACUUCAAGAGAUUUUACUUUCGCUCAUGGAAUCAAGCCUCCCGCUUUAAAAUCAGAGUUUUCGCCGUCCGACGCUCCAUCAACCUUCCACACACCCGCUACAGGCUUCCAAUCCCUUACAGGUACUUCAGCAUACAGUACGGCUGAUGCAACGCCACGUUCCAACUUUCAACCUUUAUCCCAUCUUUCAAGGUAUACGGUUGCUAGAACAGAAGUCAAUAUCUCUACAAAUUCUGGUCAAGCUCAUUCUACUUAUUCCAGUGCAAGAUCCGGGAUGGCUCCUCCUCCAGUUACCACGGAUCAACCAUUGUCAUCUUAUACUGCGCCAUCUGUAUCCACAUCGGCUUCCUAUCAAUCGGCAAGAGAGAAUAGUACAACCCAGUCAACGUAUACUGCGCCCACCCUAGCUACUGAUCCUCGUGGCAUCACGGAACAGGCUUGGACUGCUCACCACGAAGCCUUUACUCCAGCUGGAACUGCUAUACAUACUCUAUCUUCCCCAUCCAUGUACACUGCUCAUCCCGGUACUCAAACGCCUUUGACUACUGCUCAACAAUGGACUUCAGCCUCUGCUCAUACUGCUAGACAAUCAUUAUCUGAGAAGGCGACAGCCAACUUGGUCUCACCUUCUGCUUCGAAUUACACCGCAAGACCCGGUUCUCAAACACCUGCAACUACUGUUCGAGGAGACAUGUCUACUCCCUCAGAUCAUACUGCUUUCGGUGGUGCCAACAAUUCCACUUCUAUGUGGACAGCUCAACCAUCCCCUUCCCACUCUGAUCGCGCUACCGUCCUGCCACCUGCUUCGUCUUCGAACAUGGCAACGCCCCAGAAUUUUGAAACAGAUCAUCCUAUCCAAACAGCUACUACUCCAAUGGUAACGGUUCAACCCUGGACACCCUCCGCACUGGCACACACAUUUGAAAGACUGUCUCCUUCUAUAUCUGUACCAAUGACCGUCGAUGACAUGCCUCAAGUCGCAGUGACUGCAGCUCCUCAAAGUGCUACGAUUUCGGAAGAUGGUAGAACACCAUAUGAUACCGUUCUAGAAACAAUUACCACUGGUCUCACAGCUCCAACUCAACCUUACGGUACCGCGAGAUCUGGGACCCAAGGAUAUCAAACGGCUGGAGAGUCGACCGUUAGUACUGCUUCUGGUUUACUCAGAUCUCCUUUCCAUACACCUCCUCCAGGUGAUCGAACCUCUUCUCGUAUGUCAAGAAGCACAGUGACAUCAUAUCAGACGGCACCUCCACCCGUACCAUCUCGAGAUUCCCACUACUCAACUGCAUCUCCUGGUUUAUCGACCGUCAAGGCCACAUCACCAAUCCCGAGCCCUACUAGGUUUUCGUUGCACGACGAACCCGUACCUUCAUACGAUGAAUCGGUCAAAACGCCUUCUGCUUAUCCUAUUACGACUGGUGGGGACAGCUAUUUUACUGCUCAACACCCUAUGAGUACAACGCCUCAUGGCGCAACAGAGAAUGCCGAGACAGAACAAUCGUUGUACCAUGACCGACCACCUACUACACGGUAUGCCACCGCAACAACUGAUCAUCGGUUGACAGGUUCUUUGGGAACAGCUCCUACUACCCCAAGCCGAUCACCUAGGUCAUCGGAAUACAACACAGCUCCGCCACCUCCUGUCUCCCGAUCUGGAUCUUCGGAAGGUCCAUCUUCUACCAGACUCACAGAUGGUCUGACUUCAAGAAGAGGUAGCAGAGCUUGGACUCAAGUUUCAUAUCCUGAUUCAGAUGACGAGCUUCUUGCUGAUUUAGAAAGAAAUUCUUCAAACGGUAGUAGUGUGUCAAAAAGGUCAAAAUCAAAAGCUACAACUGCUUAUACUCCUUCGAGAACAAUGGCAACAGCUCGAACAUUUGGUCAAUCAUCCAGAGCUCCGCUGGGUACGGCAAGGGAUAAUACUAUGUAUGCAAGUGCUCAAGAAUCAGUGUAUGCCACUGCUCCGAGUUGGUACACUAGGGAAACAAGUUACGUUACUGCUGCUCAGCCUCCAUCUUCUCUCACUUCGAGAAUCACUCCUAUCAGAGGCGAAGAAGCUCCUAUUGUCCCUUUGCAGCUUAGUGAAAGACCAGUUGAGAGUGUGUCAACCGCGUCUACCAUCCCUAGCAGAAGGAUACCUCGAAGACCACCUCCUGCACUGGAGAUACCUAUGCCUGCACCACCACCACAAGCUCCUCUACCCCCUGUAUAUCGACCUCCUGUGGUACAUCAGGCUCCCCCUCCUUCACCCUCCUUCCCAUCAUCUAACCCGCCAAGCUCGGACACCUCUAGUACCGAAGUCCCCAGCUCCUCUGCACCUACGAUGGAUCAAGCUACUGGAAGCGAUGUGAACAGGCUUUUGAACUUCCUCCAAGGUCAGGAUCAAGCGAGGCAAGGUCAAAGCACUCGAGUGGGUAAUCAGCUUGAUCGCAUUGAGAGAAGAGUCAACCAAAUUGCCGAAAACCAAUCUGCUUUGGCUGAAAGAGACGGCCCACCACCCGUGCCUUCAAAAGAUGAGGACGAUGAAUCACCUCCCUCAUCUCCUUCGUCCACUUCUACGACUUCUUCAGCUUCUACCGCUCGUCCAGUCACUCCUCCACCUAUGAUAAUUCCCGAGGUAAUCAAUCAGCAGUUCGACGAUUUACGUAAUUUGCUCGGUACACUCAUCGGAAGGCAGGAAGAUCUUUUAGGUCGCCAGGAUCUAAUGGCGGAAGAGAUGAGCAGAAGAAGGAGCUUUGAUGUCGAAUUACCUGAACGAGGACCAGGAAUGGCUAGACUUGAAGAUUUAUUGAGAAGAGUAUUAGACCGAGUUGGCGAUAGCGAGUUUGAUGAAAGCCUUCAACCUGCCUUCGAGGAAACGAAGAAAUACCCGAAGUCUCAUCUUUCUACGCCCAAGACGCAAGGUACUAGAGAAGGAUCAAUGUAUGGAGGUGGAGAUAGUGUAUACGGCAGUGAAUUUGGUGCAAGGGGUAGAAAUGCCCCUGCUAACAGUAUCUCAUCGGAGGUCGAUCGACGAAGGAGAAGACCUAUGAGUGAUAUUUCUUCAUCACUCCUAGAAGGUGAGAUACCUGAGCCUGAAUUUGAUGAAGAAUUCGCUUUAUCCGGCUUACCACCAAACACACCUCCGAGAGAGUUCGUAUCUCGUGGACCUCAAUUCCCGAGACAUCUUGUUGGACAAAGACCUAGACAACCUCCGCAGCAAGCUCAACCUCAAUUUGUGCCUCAACCCAUGUCUGUCCAUGAGGAGUAUCCCGAAGAGGAAGAUUACUACGAAGAUGAACCUGAGCAAGAUGGUGAAUCUGAAGAACAAUACGAACCUGAACCUGAACUUGAAACUGAAUAUGAACCCACUCCACCACCUGUUGAAAAAGAUAUUACACCAGAACAAUCACCUGAUCAAGCUCCUAUACCUUAUCGAACUGAAAGCAAUGAUCAAGACGAGAAUGUCCCUUAUGAAAAUGAGGAUACCCAACGAGGUCCCUACAGAUCCGGUCCUGCUCCUCAGCCUGUUGAUCUACCUACUCCUGUCAAUUCACCUAGAAAUAUGCCUCAAUAUCAAGGUCAACCUGGGAUGAGACCUGGUUUUGCUCCUGCUCCCGGUAUGCCUGCUCCAAUGGGUCCAGGUAUGACAGAUAUGCCUAGACCUUCGUUACCUAGAAUUGCUGGUGUUCGUGAUCCUAUCUCUACUACUUACUUCCGACGUGGUUUCCCUCCUGGUCCGAUGGGUCCUAUGGGAAUGGGCAUGGGUAUGGGCAUGUUCCCCGGUCCAAUGGGCAUCCCAGGUCCUGGUAUGGGUCCGUUCAUGCCUGGUCUACGUCCUGGGAUGCCCGGUUUCGGUGGUCCUAUAGGUCCUAAUGUCAAUCCUUCACUUCGUCGUCCUGGUUUCUUCCCUCCUGGAGUCACAUCGACAACAGGAGACUAUGGUCUUCCCGCUGCUGCUCGAUAUGGUAAUGCUGGUCUUCCGCCUAGUGGUCCUACAACGAUGGGCGUACCUCGUCCUUCAUAUGGCAAUACUACUACUGCGGAUACCGGUCUUGGAAAUACUACUACUGAAUCUACUGUUACUACACCUUCUGUCACUACCGAAGAGAUCGUUACUCCUGUUGCUCCUACUACUAUGCUUCACGAACCUAUCGAAAUAUACACCGAAGGCUUCACCACCGCUGCACUACCUCCUAUACCUCUUUCUGCAUCUCAUGUUGGGGCUGACGAUAGCUUUAGGCGUACUUUGGACAAUACACAAAAUCUGGCUGCUGCUCAAGGUGAACAACAAAAUGAGAUGUCAAGAUACCUUCACGGGAUGAGUGAUCAGAUUGCUGAUGGAACGCAUGCUACGCAAAAUCAAUUGGCUGAAAUCUUGGGUGAUAUAGCAGCAUUGAGACAGCAAGUCAAACCUAAACGGAUUCACGCUCACGUGCUACCUGAUGGAACAGUUGUACUUGACAACGGUGAUAUACUAGAUGGAAUCAGAGGUGCACCUGCUCCAGUUCCACUUGGAGCGCCUGCUCGACCACCUCCACCGCCCACUGCAUCUCACGUCGAAGGAAAGAUAUUACCUGACGGAACUGUCAUGGCUGGUGGUAAAAUAGUCGACGGUAUCAAGGCUGCUCCUACUGUUCCGGCUACUCCGAUGAUGGAACUGGAUGAGGCUGUUGAGGAAACUGUCAAGGAUAUACAACAGGAUCUGAAAUUGGCUGAAUUACAAGAAAAGAUCGAGGAACUCAUGGCUCAAAAUGUACCCCCUCUACCAGCUAUAUCGGUAGUACCGCCACCUGCAGCUGAACGGAUCUUCGAAGAAGAAGAGAUCAUUUCCAUGAGGGCUGAUUCAGGUUCUGGAACGCCUGGUAUAACUCCUGCACCAAUUCCAACUACGCUCGGAGAGAUGACUCCUAUUCCAACUUCACUUCCUCCUCUUACUGGCGUAGCACCAACUGUCAUUGGUCCAAAUACCGAUGUUCGACGAGAGAAACAAGUAAUCAAAGAACGUGAAGUCAUUCGAGAAGGUCCGAUAGGUCGUCAUAAGGAAGUUACGAUUGUAGAUGAGUUGGAGAAAGAUAUGGUUACCACUCUUCCUCCUGGAUCGGUCGUUCCGCCUGGUACUGUUUUCGCUGAAGAAGAUGUCGCUGUGACUGCUGCUCCUAGUGCUGGACCCGGAGGUAUUCCCGUUGCUGCCGCUUCAGGUAAGUCCCAACUCCCAGAGAUGGACUCGGUGCCAACUGCAGUUUCUAUCACUGCAGCUACAGGCACCGCCAUACCUCCUCCCACCGCUUCAGCCUCUGCAAGAACGAAUCCAAGAACCGGUAAACCGCUCACGAUGCCUCCUCUUCUAUCCGCCCAUACUAUGUCUCCUAUUCCAACUGAACACAACUUUUCUGAUACACCUGUGAACCAUCUUAUACGUGAAGAACAUGAAGAAAUUAUUCAGCGCCCCGAUGGUGGUCCACCGAUCCACACUCAUACCACCUCUCGCACUUACACCCAAGUACCAGCAGGUACUGGGCAGCCAGGAACUGUAAUGGGCGAUGCUCCAGUGUCUGCCAUCCCCGUCAGCCCUAUACCUCACACUCUUGGUCCCUCCGCUUCCGCUGGUCAUGCUCCUACCACCGUCGGCCCUAUUCCAGUCACAUCUCAUGCGAAUAUCCCACCUGCUCCUACAUCUGUGGUUCCCUCGAGUCUCGAUGUUCCUGUCAUGCCUACUAUCGCUCCUGGGGCUCAUACUUCGGAUCAUCAAAGUGUUGUACAACAAGCUCCUCCAAAUGUACCGACAGUCAAGAGCACCCACGAAGCUGAGAUUGUCGCUCCCGGACCAGUACCAAUCGACUCCAAGAACGCUUCGACAUCACAUACCGUUCAUCCUGGAGCUACAGUCGCCGAUCCUUCGGUGGUUGCUCCUUCAGCUGCCGUACCAACUGGUCCUAUACCUCCCGCUCAAACUGCAAGUAAUGUGCCUUCAGCCAAACCUGUAUGGGACACCAAUCAUCCUGAAUCGCCUAAGGCUUCAAAGACAUCCUCACUUGCCAAUGUACCCACGGACAAACCUGCGUCAGUGAUGAACGUCCCUACUACUCCGUCAUCAGUAAAUCCUCCGGGAACUGCUCACAACGUCGCCUCGAUGGUCUCCGAGCCAGCUCCUGUCAUGCCAGAUGCUGGAGUACAUGUUACUCCAACAGAUUCAGCUGAUGGUCCAAUCGCUGCCCCUCCUGCAUCGUCCGGAGGGAAGAACGGUGUUCACUGGGAUCCCAGAAUUCCAGAAAAGGAAGUACUUGUCACCCCUCCUAAAUCUCCCAAAUCUUCCAAGUCCAAACCUUCUAGUGUGGUGGAAGCAGCCCCAGCCAACAUCCCAUCUCAUCUCCAGGCUUCGGAGAUCCACAAUGUUCCUACAGAGGCUGAAGCUGGACUGCCUAUUCACCCGAUACCUUCAGGCGGGGAUGUACCCAUGGUCCUACCGGGAUCCAACGAAGCUAAAGCUCAAGACACUCCCAAGACACCAUCAUCAGGUGGUGGUAUCUUACGAAAACCUAAAUCAAAGGAGAGUCUCAAAGAAACAACGCCUGGCGUUCCUCUUGUUCCUGCCGACACUCACUCACAUGCCGAUCACACCACUUUCGGGAAACCUAUACCCACACAGGGAAGCGAUAAAUCCACUCGUGUUUCUGACACUUCACAUGUCUCUCGACCUCCGACACUCGAAGAAUUAGCUAUGGAAGGUCGUGACCUUACUAUUGACAGAAAUGGUGAAACUGUUCAUGUUCCUGUUCAUCCUGUCAGCGCUUCUGGAUCGAAUAAGCUCAAGAAGGAACCUCCCACCUUUGUGGAAGGAAGUACCGCUGAUCCAGCUCAUUUGGCCAAUAACGUUCCACUUGAAAAUGGACUUCCUUCCAGAGCCGGAACUCCAGCACCGUCUACAAAAGCUGCUCCCGGUGAAGCUCUGAUGGUUUUGGAGCCAGUCGUUCUUCCCGAUGGUCAAAUAGCCUAUAUUCCAAGUAGACCAGCAAGUCAUGUCGGCGGUCCUAAAGAAUCCGCUCUAGCAGAUGGCAGUGCACCUCCCUCACUCGGUGAUCGACCAUCAACAGGUAAGAAGGGUAAAUCUUCCGGAGGUGGUGAAGAGAAAGACAAAACUGCUUCCAUCCAAAAAGAUACCACUCAUACCGGUAUACCAGCUGAGUCAGAAGUUGGUAGAGGUCAUUGUAGUGUUUGUUGUCCAAAUGGACCUAGAGCAGUUGGUGGGGUACCUAUCGAGCCGUGUGAACAUCAAGAUGGUAUCCUUGGACAAGCUGGAAAACAACAUAUUCCAUCUACUGCACCUACUGGACCUCGAUCCAACAAAUCUGGUAAACUCAACAAACCACCGCCAGCUGGAUCAUUGGGUCUUCCAACAGAAGACGUUAUAGGUGGACCAGGUGAAGAAGUCAACAUCGGUGAUGUAGCUGGAGAUGUAUUCGUGGGUGAUAGACCCAAAUCUGGGCCUCCAAGUAAACUUUCAAAAGGAAAGAAAAGUACCACUCCUGAAGAAGAAGCAAUGGAAGACGCUAGGAAACUUGCCCAAAAACAAAAAGCUGCUGCUGAACAAGCUGCUCUUGAGGCUGCCGAGCGAGACGCUAAAUUGAAAGAGAAAGAGGACAACGCUAAACUCGCGGAGGAGAGACACCGUCAAAAUGUUGAGGCUUUGGCUAAUCUGCAAAAGGCACUUGACCUUAUCGCCACCGAUGGAAAAGUUAGCAAGACCAUGAAUGACGAAAGAUCAAAAGCUCAAGAUAAACGAAGAACCGAUAAAUCAGUUAGAGAUAAAAAGAUCACCGAAGCUUUAGAUAAACUGGUAGCUGAUAGAGAGGAGGAAAAGAAGAAACAAGUUGCCAAUGAUAAGAAGCCAGGCACACAAGCUGUUCUUGAUGCUCUAAAGACGCACGGAGACGGUCAAUCUGCUUUCUUGAGAAAACUCGCCACUGAAAUAAUGGAGCAAAACUCCAAUCAACAUAAUCUCACUCAAGCGGCCGCCAAAGCUGCAGCAAGAGAACAGAUCGGUUUCAAUUUGGCUGGAUACUUGGAUGACUUCUCCAAAGCUCUCUCCGGCGAAGUACGAGUACUCCUAAAAGAGGUCGGUGAUUUACGAGAAUCCAGACGAGCACUUUACAUGGAGUUAGCAGAGUUAUUGCUCAUGAAGGGUAGACAAUCUGCUGGUGAUCUUAUGGCUGUUAUGCCAUACCCAGCCAAUCCACCUGGAAAUCCUGCCAACCAACCCAAAAAAGAUAACAACCAGAAUCCUCAAGGCCAGAAACAAGAAGGUCAAGGUAAAGGAAAGUCGCCUGCUGGUGUUCCCGCAUGGGCACAAUGGCAUCCUAUGGUUCCUCCUGUCAUGGGUAGACCAUUACCUCAAACUGGUGGUCCACCUCCUAUGAUGAUGAACCUAGGUGGUGGUGCCGUACCUGGGCCACCUCCCCCUUCUGGACGACCUUUGCCGAAAGUUUAG